GUUCUCGCGUCUUUCCCCGCCCGCUGCGGGCCUCUCUGGCCCGUGAUUUGCCAGGGCGCCUCCGUGCGCUCGGCCAACGACCUCUGACAGCGCCCACCCGAGCGCCCCGGGAGCCGGCGGGCGGCGGUCCUCGCCAGGGACCUUCAGCGGGCCCAGGGGGACAAAAGUGGCUCUAAAUCCAGCACAUGCAUAUUGAAGCAAGUUAAAGGAUUUAAUAUGAAGCACAGAAACAGAUAAUGCCAAAAAGCAAGCAAUAGUUGGUACACUUUUCUGGAAAAGCAGUUUCCGUGUUGUUAUGUACACCUCCAAAAAAAUUCAGAUCUGUAGGGGAAUUGUUGUGUAAAGUAAAAUGAACUACAGGGAGGCAGUAUUUUAAUAGCUAUUAUAAACGUGUAUUUACUGUAUUAAAAAUGAGUAAAAGAACAAGCAAUGACAGAUCACUAGGAAGGGUGAGUGGGGCAGCAUUUCCUUCUCCCAGUGCUGCUGAGAUGGCGGAAAUUAGUCGAAUUCAAUAUGAAAUGGAAUACACCGAAGGUAUUAGUCAGCGAAUGAGGGUCCCGGAAAAAUUAAAGGUAGCACCACCAAAUGCUGACCUGGAACAAGGAUUCCAAGAAGGAGUUUCAAAUGCUAGUGUGAUUAUGCAGGUUCCAGAGAGAAUUGUUGUAGCAGGAAAUAAUGAAGACAUUGCAUUUUCAAGACCAGCAGAUCUUGACCUUAUACAGUCAACUCCCUUCAAACCUCUGGCACUAAAAACACCACCUCGUGUACUUACACUAAGUGAAAGACCACUAGAUUUUCUGGAUUUAGAAAAACCUGCUCCAUCCCCUCAAAAUGAAGAAAUCCGUGCAGUUGGCAGGCUAAAAAGAGAGCGCUCUAUGAGUGAAAAUGCUGUUCGCCAAAAUGGACAGCUGGUCAGGACUGACUCCAUGUGGCACAGAUCAGAUUCUGCCCCAAGAAAUAAAAUUUCAAGGUUCCAGGCACCGAUUUCUGCACCGGAGUACACUGUGACACCAUCGCCACAACAGGUUCGGGUUUGUCCUCCCCGUAUGCUACCUGAAGAUGGAGCUAAUCCUUCCUCCGCUCGUGGCAUUUUGUCGCUUAUCCAGUCUUCCACUCGUAGGGCUUGCCAGCAGAUCCUGGAUGUGCUGGAUGAAAGCCGCAGUGUGAGAAGACAAAAUGAAAUACGUUGUGAAAGACCUGUGUUGCGUGGUGGGUCUGCUGCCGCCACCUCUAACCCUCAUCAUGACAACGCCAGGUAUGGCAUUUCAAAUAUAGAUACAACGACUGAAGGAACCUCAGAUGACAUGACUGUUGUAGAUGCAGCUUCAUUAAGACGACAGAUAAUCAAACUAAAUAGACGUCUACAACUUCUGGAAGAGGAGAACAAAGAACGUGCUAAAAGAGAAAUGGUCAUGUAUUCAAUUACUGUAGCAUUCUGGCUGCUUAAUAGCUGGCUCUGGUUUCGCCGCUAGAGGUAAUUUCUGUGAAUAAUUGAAACUACAAAAAUGAUUCAAAAAACAAUGGAUAAGGGCUUCCCUGGUGGCACAGUGGUUGAGAAUCUACCUGCCAAUGCAGGGGACACGGGUACAAGCCCUGGUCCGGGAAGAUCCCACAUGCCGUGUAACUAAGCCCGUGCGCCACCACUACUGAGCCUGGGCUCUAGAGCCCGUGAACCACAACUACUGAGCCCACAAGCCACAACUACUGAAACCCGCCCGCCUAGAGCCCGUGCUCUGCAACAAGAGAAGCCACUGCAAUGAGAAGCCCACGCACUGCAACGAGGAGGAACCCCCACUCGCCGCAACUAGAGAAGGCGCGCGCGCAGCAACAAACACCCAAUGCAGCCAAAAAUAAAUAAACUAAAUUAAAAAAAUAUGUAUAGUGGAUAUAGUUGACACCUCUUUUGUUGGGCAGGCAUGAAAAGGAUUGAUUCCAUAAAAGUCAAAAAUGAACAUGAGCAGGAAUUCCAGGAGAUAAGCACAAAAGCUAUUUUUCUCCCUAUUGACUUUUACCAAACACUGGAGACCUAGAACUUUCUCUCUUAAUGGCUGUGCAGGGGUAGGAGAUAUAAUUACAUGUCUUCUUAGGCAGGCACUAGCUAUAACGGGAGACUCCUGCAUGAAACUCUAACCCAAAAAAACUACACCCUCAGUGAAAGGGUAAAUGAGAAAUCAACUUAGCAUCCAAAAGGGGACAACAAAGAAACAUGUCUUCACCUUGUCACAGAUCUAAAAACAAAAGAGCUUGAGUCUCUCUAACUCCAAAAUCAAGUCCAGCUACGCCAGCCUCCCUUCCCUAGAAGUCAUUUUUCAUCAUUGUAAGAAAGUGGUUUAGGAGUUGAGAGGAACAGAUUCACUCCUGGUCAGAAUGGUCAGGAAAUACUUCUUAGAUACUUGAGCUGAACCUUGAAAUAAAUACAUGAUUUCAACAAGCAGAGAAUGAAGAAAAGAUUCCAGAUGCAGGGAACAGUGGAAGAAAAGCAUCCAGUCAGGGCCAGUGACAGAGUAAUCAACCUACCAUCCUCACUAGUGCCAUACAACUAAGUAGCAAGUACAAGUGUAGCAAGUACAUUGUGCCACUACUUUCGGAACUCUGUUUAAAGGUUGGGUGUUUUUCACUUCUAGGAAUACUUGUUGAAGCAUUUGCUGGUUAUUGACACUUUAAGGGAUAAUAUUAUGAAAAUAUAUUUGCAAGAGAGCUUUCCUUCUUUUCCUGCAUGAAUGUCUGUUAUCCAGCUUCUUGAUCAUAUUUGACACUGAAAUUGAACUUUUUCUGGCCUCAAGUUUGGAAAAAUGUAACUACCGUAACUUGUUCUUUUACUUACAAUGUAUUAUCGUGUCAGUAAGUAGAGACUCGUGUGUGCACAGCACUGACCUCAGUAGUAAGCGGUUAUAGCAGAUGCACCACAAGCCCUGCUCUUAAGGAACUGACAGAUUAAUGGAGGAGGAGGGAAAUAAGGCUUAUUAAAGAAUUGAUUAUAAAAAUAAUGUUAUGAAGGAGAAGGUAUUUGAGAUAUAUGCCCAAGAACAGGGAGAGAGUGUUUCAGAUGGUGGAUGCAGUAAAAAAAUAAUAAUAAAAGUAUAGAUUCCAAAGUGAGAUUGAACAUGGGAAUGGAAGUCAGAAAUAAAAAACAAUGAGCUUUGUAAAUGACUAGGUGCAUGUUGUAUGUGUGUGUGUGUGGGGGGGGGCGUGUAUAGAUGUGCAUUUGUAAGUUUAGGUACCGGGAUAGACAUGGCAUGUCCCCAAAAGCCACCUCACCACAAGUGGCCCGUCGGCUUUAGGCAUUUAAUCCAAGGCUGCAGUUUCCACAAGACCAAAGUUGCAAAGAACUAACUUGCCAGCUAUUUCAGCUGAUUGUGCUACUGCCAACCAUCCUUUCUUUUGCCCUCUGAAAUGAGAGGCUCACGUCUCUGUUCAUGACCCUGUAGAAAACUGGGGUCAUCUCUCACCCAUUUCCAGGCUAAUGAAGAUUAUAUGCACUGACUUGUUCAGUCAAAUACAGUGAGCUGUCGUGUUUAUUUUGCUUGUGUUUUAAUUUUGUGGCUCUUGGCAGUUUGACAUUCAUUUAGUAAGCGUUGAGUCUUGGCUGAAAGCUGAGUACUAAAGAUAGGAUUAAUUCAUUCAACAAAAUAUUCGUAGUGGCCCUACUUUGUAUCGGGCACGGUACUUGGUACUGACUCUACCGGGAGUGAAUAAAAGAAACAUACCCCUGUACCCAUGCAGCUUAUGGUCUUAUGGGGGAGAGUGAAAUUUAAGAAACAAGUACACAUUAAAAUGCUAUUGCCAUUGUGAUAAGUAGUGUAAAUCAGCAGUCCCCAACCUUUUUGGCACCAGGGACCGGUUUCGUGGAAGACGUUUUUUCCACGGGGUAGUGGGGGAUUGUUCAGGCGGAAAUGAGAGCGAUGGGGAGCAGAGGAUUCUGAAGCUCUGCUCGCUUGCCCACUGCUCUCCUUCUGUGUGGCCCGGGUCCUAACAGGCUGUGGACCGCUGCCGGUCCGCAGCCCGGGGGUUGGGGACCCCUGCUGUAAAUGAAAGAACUCUAAAGGAGAGAGUAAAGGGAAGCCUGCCUUCCAUUAGGCUGUUAGGGAAAGCCUCUGGGAAAAAGUGAUAACUUGUGCUGAAGUCUGAAAGGUGAAGAGGAUUUAGCCAGAGCUUAGGUGGGAGUGGGAGGUGGGAGCUGGCCCGAGAAGAGGCCUCGCUGAGGACCUGAAGAAGGAAAGAGCUAAUGAAUAAAUGGAUGAGAAGGACAUGGUCCCUGUUCUCUUAAAUUGUCUUAAAGUGAUGGAUUUAUAAACAAAAAUAUUUACGUUACAUUGUGACAGGUAUGAUAAUCGUGGUUUGGGUAAGUGCUAACUUAGUUUGUUGAAAUCAUGCACUCUGGGAAGGCUUUCUCAAGUAGUAGAUUUUUAAGCUAGACCUUAAGGAUAAAUAGGUAUUUAUAGGAGCAUAGGAAGAAGGUCUUUAUACAGUAAAUGGGUUCAGAAAAAAAUGCCUAUAAGUUCUUGAUGUUA